CCCAAAGUGAAGUCCAAUUAGUCAACCUCCAAACCCCACUUGGUGAAUCUUAAAAUCAGCAUUUUUAGCUUCACAAACCCAAAUUACCCAAAACUAUACAAAUAAGGCAAAGACAGAGUGAGAGUGAGAGUGAGAGUGAGGAAAGGAAAUGGGUUUCACAUUCACCACCAUGACUCUAAACCUGCUCCUCCUAAUGGCCAUGGUCGCCACCAACAUCCUCUCCCUCUACCACCUCUCCACCACACUCCAAUCUCCCAAAUCCCCAAAACCACCCCCACCAGUCCCCGACCAACUCCUCCACCAACUCCACACCAUACGCGCCACCAUCAACCACCUCACGCGCCUCCAAAACACUAACCCAAACCCAACAAAAUCAACCAUCCCUUCAGAUCUAUUGCUAUACUCACACCUCUCACCUAUAGCCUCCUCAUGCCACAACCACCCUGAACUUCUCCACAAGUACAUGACCUACACUCCCUUCUCUCUCUGCCCUUCCGAUUCCGAUUUAGCCGAAUCCCUAAUCCUCCGCGGUUGCCACCCUCUCCCUCGCCGUCGCUGCUUCUCCAAAACGCCACAAAAACCUCCUUCCCCAAAUUCACUCCCUCUAAACCCCUUUCCCUCUUCCCUCCCUGAUUCCACCGUCAUUUGGGACCGUUACACUUGCAAAUCCUUCGAUUGCUUAAAUCGCCAAAACCCUAACCUCGGUUUCGAACCCUCUCGCGAUUCCUCCAAGUUUACCUCCUACAAGACCGACCUCGAUCUCCCUAUCCAGCAGCUUUUCCAGAUCGCGAAGUCAUCGAAGUCAGUGCUCCGCCUCGGCCUCGACGUCGGCGGCGGCACCGGCUCCUUCGCCGCGGCGAUGAAGCUCCGCAACGUGACGGUGAUCACCAGCACGAUGAACGUGGCGGCACCGUACAGCGAGGCCGUGGCGCUGAGGGGGCUGGUGCCGCUGCACGUGCCACUGCAGCAACGGCUGCCAAUGUUCGACGGGGUGGUGGAUUUGGUGCGGUGCGGGCACGCGGUUAACCGGUGGAUUCCGUUGACGGUGAUGGAGUUUCUGUUGUUUGACGUGGAUAGGGUGUUGAGGGGAGGUGGGUACUUGUGGUUGGACCACUUUUUCAGCAAAGGUUUGGAUCUUGAGAAAGUGUAUGCGCCUUUGAUUGGGAAAUUGGGGUACAAGAAAGUGAAGUGGGCGACGGGGAAUAAAACCGAUGCUGGCGGUGUCAAGAAUGGGGAAGUUUACUUGACUGCGUUGUUGCAGAAGCCUGUGUCUAGAUGAGGUUAUGCACAAAGUUUGAUAUAUACUGUAAGGAAGAUAAGCAGGUCGGUUUAUCCUGAUUUCCUUGCUUGCCCAUAGGUGUUUAUGGGGCACGUAAUGAAGCAAUUUUCAUGUCCACUAUGAAGAUGGAUCAUAGAAUCAACCCAUUGAAGAAAGAUAGAAGGAAGUCAAUGAGACAGGUGUGUAUACCCCUCGGUGAAUUUAGGAAACUGGUCGUGGAAAAUAGAUUUUUAUCAUCGUUUUUGCUUCCUAUUCGAUUAAAUUAUGCUAUCUCAAUUAAUUGUUUUGAAAUAAAUUUAAGAAACGCCAUUGCCUGGUUGGUUUUCAGAGUCCUUGCAACGCUUGCCAUAUAUAAAUGACGGAACCGUCCUUUUAUUUUUUUUUUCACCAUGGGUAUCCUACACGCUAAUUUAAAAUUUGUGGAAAACUUUUAUAUGAAUAUGAAUUAAACAAUAAUAUGUACCCCAAAAAAAUAAUAAUGUACCAAAAAUUUGAACAAGAAAAACUAAUAGAUACGUUUCAUGUUAUUUCCAGAUGUUAAUUUAUUAAUAGCAAGCCACUAGGGUUGGGCUACAUUGAAGAACUUUGAUAAGCAGGUCAUCAGAUGAUCAUAUGGUGAUUGAAAAGAAUGUAUGAAUAGGUGUUAGUUAUGUAUUUCAAUAAAAGGUAUGUUUACCUUAACAUCUAUGUCUCUAUAAUUUAGAGGUUUAAGAUUACUUUAC